UUUUGAGGAGGCGUCUGCGGUGUUGGAUAUCCAAGUGCCAGAUGCUACGCCUGAUUUGAUGGAUGAUAUUGAUAAGUCUACUGGUGAGCGGUUAUGGCGUGGAGGGGAGGUGUGACCUGAUGAUUUCGCAGAGUUCCGUGUGCGGUCACUUUACCCGUAUGAGGGGCAGAGACCUGAUGAUCUUAGUAUGCUUAGUGUCGACGUGUACAACUGAUCGCUGACUAGUUUAUUAGGUUUCGCUGAGAACCUGAUCAUCAUAGCUCAUCCGUCCACGUCGGGAGGCGAUUGGUGGUACGGCACUAUCCUGAAGGACGGAAAAUCUGGUUUCUUCCCACAGACAUACGUGCAGAUGGUGGAACCAGUGAAAGCAAACGCGGUGUACUCAUACGCAGGGGGGAACACAGACGAGCUUCCCUUUGCCGAAGGCGACGAACUCUCCAUCAUAGAUAGAAGUGAAGCAGAUUGGUGGAAAGCUGAACGGGACGGGAUCGUCUUCAUCGUGCCAGCGGCUUACUUGGAGAUAGUAGAGGGCACCGGAGUUCCUCAACGCGUGAACCCGCGUGAGAAGACGUCGACUAACCUUGACAUCGUUGAAUGCCCUGACAUGUCGGGAGCAGCAGCAGCCCGUGGAUCACCUGAUAAGGACGACCAUGCUGACAGUUCUUCCGACGGGGGCGAAGACUAUUUUUCGCUGGACGGAACAGAUGAUGAUUCCGAGGGAUCUGACGCUGGGACAGUCGAGGACGAAGACGCUCGAGAGCUUGAACGCCAACGAGUGUUGGAGGCGGCGGGGCUGAUUAUAGAUACCAGCUCCAGUAUGAUGGCGCCGUCUGAUCCGCCAGUACAGAAGCGCCGUCCUCCGCCCGUUACUCCACACCGUGUUUCCAUAGUAUCAGCGACUUCGAAGAACCUUCCGCCAGUGCCGACCGUCGAUUUGACAGAUACUGAACUCGAUUCGACUUCUCGUUUGGACGACGCCUUUGAUCGGUACGAGGUGUUCAAGAAGACGAAUGGGAACCUCACCAAUAGGAUGUCCGUCUCGUCCUUUGAUACAUCUCCUUCGUCGCCGCCGCGGUCGCCAGUUGUGUCGUUGGCGCCUAGUCUUAACCAUAGAGAUGGAGAGAGCCGUACGUCUCAGUUUUUGAGCUUUUUGGGGAGGCACACGACUAGGUCGACUACGCCGGAACCUGAGAAGAAAACGCUCGUCAUUUCUGGUCCGAUCAUCAAUACACCUCCUGGUGGUGAGAUUGGAGAUGAUGGUUCGAGUUUUGGAACGUCGUGGGCGAGCUUAGUGGACAAGUCGGCGCUUGAGGGCAUUCCUAAGAUGGAGCGAAGGCGGCAAGAGGCGAUAUUUGAACUCAUUUUCACCGAGGCCGACUACGUUCGUGAUCUGCAGCUUAUCGUUGGAUUGUUCUACUCUCGACUUAUGGGCACGCUUGGAGAGAAGGCGACGACUGUUAUAUUUGCUAAUAUUGAAGAUAUCCUACUCACUAAUACUACUUUCCUCUCUGUUCUCGAAGAACGCCAGAAAGAUUGUCGACUCUAUAUCGACCACAUUGGCGAUGUUCUGGAGACACAUAUCCCCAAUAUGCAUCUUUAUCUGGUGUGUGGUUGUUUAGUCUGCGUGACAUUGGUAUUUACCUUUUUGGAGUCGUAUUGCGUUAACCAGUUCAAUGCUGCCAAGGUGCUUCAGUCGAUGAGAGACAGUGAUCCUGACCUUGCUGCACAACUUCAGCGCCUCCGUGAUGACCCAUCAGCUCGAAAUCUUGAUCUAUCGCAUUACCUCCUCGUUCCUAUGCAACGCCUCACUCGAUACCCUCUCCUCAUCCGCCAAAUCCUUCAAUACACAGACCCACCCACCACGACCAACGCUGAUAUAAAAACCACAACCAGUGCACACCCGCCAGCAAUCUCCCUCCAGCUCCCAAGCGACGCAAAGGAACGGCGAAACAUCAUCGCGGCUUUGGACGCAGCAGAGAAGAUUCUGGAGCAUGUGAACGAGACGAUACGGGAGCAAGAAGGGAGGGAAAGGCUGAGUGAGAUCAGCAAAGAUCUGUGGAUAGGGCAAGGUCGUCUUAAUCUUACAGCGCCGACACGCCACCUGGGACCGCGAAAGCUUUUGAAGGAAGGGGUGGUGAGCAAAGCGAAAAGUGGGCGCAAACUUCGUCUGUUCCUGUGCAGCGACAUACUUGUUUUGACGGAUGAUGUGGGGAGAGGCCUAUAUCGUGUUCCCAUACCCCUCAAUGAAGUACAGAUAAAGGGGUCGAGAACAGAGCGAGAGGACUCUGUGCUUCGCCUGCAUCUUGCUUAUCCACGGGGUGGCGAUACCAUUGUUUUGCGGGCGACUUCAAUCAAGGACUCUCUAGCAUGGAAGGACGCGAUAGAGCGUGCUAGCCGAAGAGCCAAGGAGGGAGAGCGAAGAGCUGCAAAAGCUCAGCUUGUAUCAUCAAAGACGGACCUACAAUUAUCGUAAUAUACAGACAUUUCCUUCCACUUCUCUGCUAUGCUACAUAUGCCUCAGUACUUGGUAGCGGGGCUCCGUGUAUGACGCGCCCAUCGCUAGGCAGCAUCGCUGCAAUCUUAUCCUUCCGCUGUCUCGGCUACUACCCGAGGUUAGGGUAUAGCACGGGUAUACCCGCGGGUCGGAAGAUCAACACCGUACCCGUACUAACAGUGUUUGGAGCGCCAAUGGUGCG